ACACAUGCCAUCGAGGUUACUGUAGGUACUAGACGUAUCUAGGUGAUGUAUCUAGGUGAUCAAUAUCCCGAAACGCAAGUAGGUAGGUAGGUACCAACCUGGCAUAAGUCUUUGGAUGGAUGCAUAAUCCAAUAGGCGUAGACAAUAAUGCCUAGAGCAAACGGUGCUGUAGGCAACCUGUUGCCCGGUUUUUGUUUGAUUGGAGCCACGAAAAAGGUAUGAAAAGACCUAUAUGGUUGAAGACUUGAAUUUGUUAGGGUUACUUCUGAAAGUACCUCCUGCAGCCUAGGAGUGACGACGUACUUGUACCUCUUCAAAGCUUUACUUUGGCAUACUACGCACAUGCGCAGGUAUUUAUGCUACCAACUCCCCAAUCAUUUCCAAGAUUCUCUGAAGCACCACUCGCCCUACCAGAGUCUACCUAACCUAGGCAAACAGCGAGACCAGCAGGGCCAGGUUCACGAUGGAUACUAUUGACGUUUCCGAACAAGAAAAAUACAUCACCUUAUUCCAACAGUUCAAAGAGAAUGCGGAGAAAGCACGUCGUCGCAAAGGCGAAAAGCCUCGAGACCACCCCCUGCCCAUGUUCCUUACCAUGAAUUUCCUAUUUAAACUUCAUUAUACUGCUAAUGUAAUAAGCCAAGGAAGCCACAUGCUUUACACGUCGCAAGUCCCGCCGUUCUACCCCCCCUGUGCUCGUCCCGUCCAGGAGCUCAAGCGUCUGAUGAUAUCAGACAUGGGACUCGAGACGCACCACAGAGGGAGCUAUGUCAUGAUUCAUGUGAUGACCCCUCCAAAUCGGAUGACUGCCGUCACGGCUAUCGUCGAAGACCAGGAGGGGACCGCUGUUCUGCUUCAGCUCUACAACCAGCCUGAAGAAUCCAUGGUUGCCAAGGAGCAUAUCAUUCGGGAAAAUGAUGUCUGCAUAAUCAAGGAGCCUUUCUUCAAGGUUACCAGCGAUGGCUCGUACAGCUUGCGGGUGGAUCAUGUCAGCGACAUCACCUGGCUCCAAGACAUCGACAGCCGCAUCCCCAUAGAGUGGGCAGUCAGAAUCUUGUCUCUGAACAACAACUCUGAAAGUAUUCGAAAGGAGGGAAACGAAGCGGUGAAGAAGAAGGACUGGGCCAAGGCAGAGCGCCUGUAUACAAAUGCGAUACGUGCCGCCAAGACGGCUAAGGAGGGAGAGCUUGCUCACCUCAAUCGCUCUCUCGCCAACUUCUACCUCGACCGGCCGGAGAAAGCACUCAUCGAUGCACAGAAGGGAAACACAGGCGACGACUCCCUCGUUGAGAAAGCACUAUUCCGCGAGGCCAAAGCUCUCUACGCGCUUAGGAAAUUCAGCCUCUGCCGAGAGAAGCUCGUGCUCUGCGUGCGUUAUAACCCUAAGAACUCAGACGCGUGGAGCGAGAUUAAGCGCGUCCAGCAGCGUCUCAACGAGGAGACAACGGGAUCGUAUAGGUUUGGCGACAUGUACGAACAAGCUAACAAAACACCGCCUCUGAUCGAUUGCGCUACCUACGUCGGCUCGGUGGAAGUCCGCGAUUCACCCGGCCGAGGCAAGGGUCUGUUUACCACGAAGCCCGUCAAGGCAGGGGAGCUUUUACUGUGCGAGAAAGCUUUCGCGUACAGCUAUGCUGGCGAUGAUAGCAAUACCGGCAGAUCGAACACGACUGUGCUCAUGAACUGGAAUACAAACAAUAUUUGGCUGGGUGGGCAAGCAAAUCUCAUCAACCAGACCGUCCAGAAACUGUAUCAUAACCCUGAUGAGGGGAAGGCGUUCACGGAAUUGGAUCACAGGGAUUAUACCCCUGUUGCCGUGUCAGAGGUCGAUGGAGCGCCUGUGGUUGAUACAUUCUUCGUCGUGAGGAUCAUCCAGUUAAACAGUUUCGGAGCCCCACGCACCAGUUACAAGUUCUCCAUGUCGACCCUGCCCGCGCUAGACAACGGCAGCAAAAUACCAAAGGACAAAUCGACCGACCACACCACAUGCGGCAUCUGGCCCAUCGCAUCGCGCAUCAACCACUCCUGCGUUCCGAAUUGCUGCCGCGCUUUCAUCGGCGACAUGCAAAUCGUGCGGGCCUGCACGGACCUAGAAGCGGGCGCGGAGCUGGUUUUCGAGUACCGCGUGCCCGGGCUCCUCGAGACAUACGAAGAAACCCAGAAGAAGCUCAGCCACUGGGGCUUUGUCUGCAAGUGCGCGCGGUGCCUCAACACGAAGUCUACACCUCGGAAGGCUGCGAAAGAGCGCAGCGCUCUAGCAGCCAAACUCGCGCUGGUGAUGCGGCAGAGUCCCUCCCGGGCGCGGAUAAUCCAGGCAACGGCUCUGCUGAAGGAGUUGGAAAAGACCUACGUAAAUAACCCAGCUACGCCGCCGGUACUGCGCAUGGAGUUACCAGACGGGUACUUUGCGCUCGGCGCAUACAUGGUCCAGAGGAAUAAGCCUAUGGAGGGGUUGGAGAUGCUUCUCAAGGGGCUCGAGGCGUUCGGAUAUGUCGUCGAGGCAUGCCCGCCGAGGGAUAUGGCAGAAGGGAAGACGAAGACGAACGCGGUGCUGAAUAUAAAGCGCUGGGGAAAAGCCAACGAGUUUGUCGUAUGGGCAUUCUCGAAGAUACUACAUGCUUAUAAUAAGCUUGCGCCUGAUCUUUCUGAUGUCGCGAAGGGGUAUUUUCGGGUUUCUUACAGCAUCUCCUGUGGCGAGGACGAGACUAUUCAGACAAUUUUCCCAGGCUUUGAGUAGAUGUAAGGCUGUAAUGAAGGGAUGCAUGGGGGAGAAUAGGCAAAUAGCAAUCCGUCAUUGGUCACGGAUGUGAGUUGUGGGUUGUAAAUCUCUGACUCUAGGUACCUAAUGGACUAUCCUUAUUGAGAUCGUCAAUUACCUCCCCAGUUGCUCGGAAAUACGUCGUCUUCUGAUUAAGGCCGACGCUUUGGGAUAAAGCCUACCCAUGUGGUUCUGACACUCCCGUGGAUAUAUUGUUGAUUUGCACGAGGUUAUAUCUCGCC